AUGACCACUGACGCCAAAGCGGUUCGCCGCUAUCAUGCGGGUGUCGAGAGAGCCCUGGGCUUGUGGGACGCAACAAAUGAAUGGGCUGACUACAUUGCCUUCCUCAGUCGGUUGGCGAAGGCUUUACAAGCAUCCCCCCCUGACGCAGAAGUUCCAUUCAAGUCGACUCUGGCCAAGUAUCUGGCACUAUGCUUGAAGCCAUCUCUGCCAUCAGGUGUGCAUCAGAAAGCCCUGGAGGUCUACAAUCUGAUCUUCUCGCUGCUUGGGAAGGAUGGUCUGUCUCGAGACCUGCCCAUAUGGUUUCCUGGGAUGUCCCAUACCCUCACAUUUGCCACAUUGACGACAAGGCCUCUAUUCCUCUGCCUCUACGAUGACCACCUCUUGCGACUGUCCAGCCAUGCACUGAGGCCUGCUCUAAGAGCGAUCAUCUUGUCCCUACUCCCAGGAAUUGAAGAGGAGAACAGUGAAGAUUUUGACCGAACUCUGAGCACAGUCAACCGUUUACGACAGAUUUUUGCAGAUGACGGUAAUGAGGAGUUCUUCUGGCAGAGUCUAUUUCUGGCUUCCAUUACAAGGACAAGCCAGGCUCCUGGCAACGUCACUCAAAAAGAUGAAGCGACCGAAUCGACGCAGGAGGCCAUUAAAGCUGUGACAACUCCUGAGCCUGGGUUGCUUGUUCGAUGCUUUGCUACCGGACUUCAGGACGAACAACCCCUGGUUCAACGCGGUUUUCUCGAUCUCUUGGUGUCUCAUCUGCCUCUCAACGCUCCAAUCCUCCAAGAACUCGUUAUACCAUCGGACUUGGACAUCCUGGUCAAGUCCGCGAUGUCGGUCGUCCUCAGAAGGGAUAUGAGUCUUAAUCGUCGCUUGUGGACCUGGUUCAUCGGCAGAGAAGACAAGCGAGAAGGGUCAACAGACAUAGUGUCUGGCUCAGGUGUCGAGGCGCCAACACGUACGACUCCCACAAUCCAGGACAAGGUGCACACAAGGCAUGAUUACUUUGCCACAUAUGGUCUCAAGCCCGUAAUCCGAAGCCUUCGGAAACUGCUUGACAGAGAAUCAGACUCUCCUGCGGAUCGAGCUCGCCCAUUCCGCAUCAUGCUUUCGCUGAUGGACCGCUGGAUCAUUGGAAAACCGCCUGUCGAAGAGUUAUUCGUUCCAGCAAUGCAGGAUCUACAAAAGUAUCAAACGGCCGCUCCUUCACAGUCGUCUUUCGAUGAGGUGUUCCGAAGUGCCAAUGUUUUCUUUGACGCAAUCGAGCCCCAAUUAAUCACCAAUCAACUCUUUGAUCUGCUUGUACAGGGGGAUUUGGAUCUUAUUGAAUUUAUCUUCUCAAACUUCAAUCUGCAAGAGGAGGAAAUGACGACCAUUCAUUUACCCAUGCUGUGCUUAGCAAUUUCGGAAAUGCUUCUUGAAAGCAUGAAGCCUGAACGCCACGAAUUGAAUGGUCGAGAUCAUUCGUAUCAGGACAGAUUAGCAAGACUCAUGGAGGCUCUCCUCGGCUUAUUGCCCUCUCAUCAGGGAGGCAUUUCUUCCGAAGCCUUUGGUCAGAUGCCGCAGGAUGGUUGGCUGCCGAAGUUGAAGACACUUUACAAAGACUCGUCGUACGUGAAAAGGGCCAUUUUCGACUUGAUCCCUCCACCUGCCGCCAGUCAGAUUCUGCUGAGAAACAUUGCCCUCAUCAUUCUGGAUUGCGUGAAGGACCCAUCCAGCAAGACAGCGCUCGGAUCUCUCACCAACAGUCUCGUCACGGCCAUAGCUAGAACCAGUAACUUCCAGCCACUAUGUGAAAUAGCACUUGGAGAUCGACUAUGUGAUCUACUGAAGAUUACGGCAGCAGACGUCAAUGCCAGAUACGAGACUGUUCGAACAAUUGCGAGGAUCGUGGAUAGUUUACAUGCAUUCGACACUAGCAGGACCCUCCUCACAGAACACUACCUUCUCCGACUGAUACCAGAGCUGAUCACGCAGCUUUGGGAAGUUCUGUUACCCUCCACUCCACAAUUUCACGUUGAAGCUGUGGAACAGAUUUGGAACCUGCGCAUGAUAUCACAACAACUCCUUCUCGUCGACAGUAAGAUAGCGGAUUUGAUGUGCAGACAAGACAAGGAGCGAUCGUCUCUCGAAGAUCAACUGGCCCGGUUCUCGACUCUGUGGACGCAUACUCGCUUUGGAGAGGUCAACGUCGAACUGUUUGCUUCUAAGCAUGGCGGUAACGAGGACGAAGUGCCUUGGGCUCUGCUGCGGCAGCCAAUCUUGAGCAUAAUUGAUGAGCUCGACCCCUCAGUGCCAGACGACAGACGACGGAACUGGGUGAACAAUCUACCCUCCAUUCGACCUGUCUUCAAAAUCAUCUACGCCGAGUCUACUAACCCGGUGACUGAUCAACUGUCAUUGCUCGGCUUGCACAGGCUUCGAAAGGUUUUGACCCUCGCGCGGCAGUCCAAUGUGCAACGCAACGAGCUCUUCGGACGCGAGGGGUUUUCGGAAGUGGUGCUCGACUUGUGCAUUGAGCACAUCGCCGCCGGACAGAAAAGAGAAGAAAUAUUUGCGACGACGUUGUCAAUUUUGAGAUUGAUCAUUGAAGAAACGGACGUUCAACAACACCAUGAUCUACUAAGUUUGCUAUUGAAGCAACUAUCCGAUGUACCCCAGGAUAGCCCUUCCCAGGAAGAAAUCCUGGAACUGUUGCGGAUCAUAUUCGCGAAACCGAACUUUGGCAAUCCGCCCAGCGAACUCAUAUCGAUCUUGAUUUCUGGCAUCUCAUCACAAGCUAUUGAUUCAACGAUUGACAAAUGGAUCACUCUUCUGUGCAACACAAUUCCCUUGUACUCGACCCAGAAUCUGUUUGCGAACAUGCUCAAGCUGACAGCAUGUUUCUGUGAACGUAUCAAAGACUAUUUUACGCUGAUGCAACAGUUAUACGAAAAGCCGCGGACCACCACCCAGGCCAAUGGAGAACCACCCACCAAGUUGGCGAAGCAGCCAGAAAGAUCGGUCAACAACUUGCUCGCUGGGCUUGAGUAUAUAUUAGCAAGAGCGCACACGCACCUAGUCGAUCAGGCUUCGGGGGUCGAGGCAAAUCCGAACAGUUCAGAAAAGUCCCAGUCGCGAUCCAUUGCGAAUCAUCGGCUGACCGUGAUUCUCUGUAUGCAAGACACGAUCAAAUUAUGCGGUGAGAUAUGGGCCUGGAGAAUGCUCAAACGGCCAUCCACUUCCAGCCCCGACAACAAAUCCUUUGCGUAUAUUUCCACCCGGCUGCGGACUAGAACCCGAAGGAUCCUCGAGAAUCUUGCCGACGCUGAACCACAGGAAUGUCUGGAGACACUCAUGGGCAUGUGGACCGAGGCGGCUCGUCGAGAUGCUCAGCAAGACAUCACUCUCAAUCUGAUGCAAAGUCUGGACGGAGCCCGACCAAAAUUUAUGAUGCCAGCCACGUUCAAUGCAAUCUACAACCGAACGAACCCAUCAGCCCUGGACCAGUCUCAGAAAUCCAGCUUGUCAGUGGACGUGAGUGCAGCCGAGCUGAUGGCGUUCCUAAUAGCUUACACGAGCGUGUUGGAAGAUGACCUGCUCGAAGAGAUCUGGACUGAUUGCACUGCCUUCCUGCGGGAAGUUCUUGCCAAUCCUAUGCCACACCGACAAAUCCUGCUCAAGCUUCUGGAAUUUGUGGCUGUUCUCUGCCAGAAAAUGGAAAACACCAAUUUUGGGGAAGUUGUGAAAAUGCGUCGCGAACUGAGCGAUCUGUGUGCGAGACUCCUCACAGCCAUAUUUACGAUACGGCCUGCUGGACUGGACUCGACUGCUCAGCCACUGCCGGAUAUACAAGAUUCGAAAGGAAUGGGGGCCAUGCGGCGGAAGAACCCGUUGCACGCUGGGAACGCCAUUGAGGUCUUGUGUGAAGCCUUGCCCGUCGUGAGUAAUGCACUCGGAGACCAAGACAGGCUGAAUGGUACGCUCCCCGGUAUAGCCACCUAUGUGACCGGACCUGCUCUACGAUCAAAGCAGUUCCCGCAGACGGUGAACUUGGACAUUCUGCAGCUUGUGCUUCUCAUGGCCAAAUCCCAACCCAACAACAAGGUUUGGAAGAAAGAUAUCCACGACGCUAUCAACGACAAUAAAUUCUUCCAGUCAGCCCCAUGGUUAGCUGAAACGGGAUGGCUUCCCGUACUGAACCAACUUUGGCUCUCUGACAAAGGGCUGAUGGCCGACUUUGUGUCCCGUCUGACACCUCCAACAACGGCAGGGUUGAUGUUUGGCGUUGGUGCUACGGCUGCGCGAACGGAGGCAGACAGGAAGACUCAGCUUAAUCUGCGGCGGAUUGCCCUGCUCCUGUUGGCUGGGGAAGUCGACGCUUUCGUGUCAGAUCUUAGCCACAUCAUCAACAAACUCGAGGAACUUCUUACAGCUACCCCGUCCUCGUCUCCCUCGUCGAGUACGCGCGGAGAUGUCUAUCUCGUUCUUCGGGCCAUAACCUUGGCAUUCACUCAAGUGCAUCUAGUCUCAAUGUGGCCGAUAGUGGACGUGGAGCUUCGAGAACUAUUCUCAAGCAUGCAGAAAGAGGGCGAGGCUGUAUUUACCGGCUAUACACAACUGCAAGGGGCCAAAUUAUUAGAUCUCCUUCUUCUCCUGAAACCCGAGGAGUUCCAACAACACGAAUGGUUGUUCGUGACGGACACGGUGGAUGCAGUAUAUCCCCCACACGACUUCAAGUCAACCGCAAUCGCAGAUCUGAUGGUGAGCAAAGGAGGCCCCGAGACUGAGCUUCUCACGGCAUCAAGCACUGGAGCCCGGAUUCCAUGGCUCUGUACGGACAAGACGCGGACAAGCGAAGACCCCAGCACCAUUCUGCGCCCGUUCUUUCGGCAAUUGAGUAUUCAUGCUUUUGAGGACACAUACAGCCUCCAACUGCCUGAUCUUGCGGCAUGUAGAAAAGAUCUUCUGGCGGAUUUGUUUGUGGAUUGA